AUGAGUUGGGAUCGUGUCAUUCAGGACUCCGAUGAGGACGAGCCCAUCGAGGGGGAUACCGUCCCCUCGGUAGUCGCCCCAAACCAACAUUUCGAGCCCGUUAUGCAGCAACACCAUGAUCAUGUCCCCGCCGAACCCACUACCUACAAUGCAAACGAACAUGGCUCUGCGCCUGGAGAAAACCAACUCCCACAAUUCAAUGUCAAUUUCGAUGACUUCCUGCAAUCGCAAGAAAGACACAAUGCAGCGCAGUCGUCAUCUCAACAACGGCGCGAGGAGCGGUGGAUUCCCAGCACCGAGGGCGCGAGUGGAUCGGCUGAUCCCUCAGGCGCAAUGAUGCACGAAAUUGAAGAUGCGCAGAGAAGACUCCUCGACGACAACGCUUCCAGCGCAGGCCAACAACUUCCGUCGGUCGGGGCUUCAUUUUCAGCCGAAUCAAUCCAAUCUGCUCCUUUUCCUACGAUACCAAGCUCUCACUCUUAUCAGAUGGGUCCACCAGAUGGUGAACAUUUCCCUUACUACCAAGCACCCUAUUCUGCGUCUAUCAACGGGUACCAGGCUUUGCCGCCAAAACAAGCAGGUGUAUAUGACCCGUAUCAACCAAAUACGACUAAUCUCAAUGCACCGCACCCAAAUGACGUCCCUUACCAACCCACGGCACCAUGGACGGAAUAUCAGCAAGCAGGGUUGAACCCACCCCAGGUAAUCCUAAACCCUCGAUCGCAGCAAUCGUUCCCUCAUUCCCCGCAUGAUACCGAACCCAUGUCAUCUGUUGCGUCCAUGCAAGCCACGGGAUCAAAACCCAGUACUAUUGGCAUCAAUCUCAUCUCGCCACAACAGUCGCAAACCAGCGCACAAGACGAACUCGCCUUGCCCGUUGCACAGCCAAUCGCCCAGCCACCUACAACUACCGAGGCUCCCGCCCCAAAGAAAAAGCGAGGGCGACCCAAGAAACAAGCUGUACCAGUAAACGACGAGGACGACGAGCUAGCCAACUCUCGGGACCAUGAGUUCAAAACCCUUGGCGUAAAUGGUGCGAUUGAUCCAUCCGAUAGUGAAUACUCUACGGAAAACGACACCCCAGCCUCGAGUGGCGUCUCCGAUGAGACUGACGAAGAAGACACAGGAACAGCCAAGGCCGGCAAAUCGGAAUCCCAGGACUCGAAAAAGAAGAAACCAAAGAAGGCCAAAUCGGCAGCUGCCCCUGCUCCUGGUUCGGGAGCGGACGACGUUAUCUGGAUUGAUACACAACCCAUCGAUCCCCCGCCUGUUAUUGAGAACAACCAGAACCAGAAACCAGAGCCCACCAAACAUGACACGAGCUCUGCAAUUCCAGCCACACACCCUUCCGAGCCCCUUCAGACUGUCCAGCCAGCAAUCACCGCAGCACCCGAGCAAACGACUCAACCCACCGACGAAAAGCCAGCGCCGAAAAAGCGUGGACGCAAGAGAAAACAACCCAUCGAGCAAGAAGCAUCCAAGCCAGCGGAUACACCGGAGCCCGUCAAAGCUGACACCCAACCACCCAACCCAAAGCCUGCUGCUGUCGUCGGUAAAAGUCCCACGCCAGUGCCAGUGACCAAUGCCCAGCCCGACACGCCAGCUCAAGAGCUAAGCGUGGCCACUGUCACUGCUCCAGCCUCGGCUCCUCCGACUACUACCUCUGCAGCCGAACCUCAAACUCCAUCAAAACCUGAUGCCGGAUCUGUCAAUACACCCAAGAACACAGGCAACGGUCCUGCGAGACACAGCCCCAUCUCGGCGCGGGGUGGAGUCCCUUACCGGGUGGGACUGAGCAAGCGGGCGAGGAUCGCGCCGCUGUUGAAGAUAGUUCGGAAGUAG